AUGGUGGCAGACUACAUAGAACUAUGCUUCGUGGUGUUCUGGGAAAAACCUUUCGACUUGUUGGCUAUACUAUUCAAUAUGGUUGUAUAGCUCAUUGUGCAUUUGAAUACGUUGGUGGUGUUGUCAUGUGUUCUGGACCAUCAAUGGAGCCUACAAUUCAAAAUUCAGAUAUUGUCUUUGCAGAAAAUCUUACUCGACAUUUUUAUGGUAUCCAAAGAGGUGACAUUGUGAUUGCAAAAAGUCCAAGUGAUCCCAAAUCAAAUAUUUGUAAAAGAGUAAUUGGUUUGGAAGGAGACAAAAUCCUCACCAAUAGUUCAUCAGAUUUCUUUAAAAGUCAUAGUUAUGUGCCAACGGGUCAUGUUUGGUUAGAAGGUGAUAAUCUACAGAACUCUACCGAUUCUAGGUACUAUGGACCUAUUCCAUAUGGAUUGAUAAGAGGACGUAUCUUCUUUAAGAUUUGGCCUCUGAGUGAUUUGGGAUUUCUACGUGACAGCCCCAAUGGGCACAGGUUUUCUGAUGAUUAGCAAGCAUUUAUUCUUUUGAUUUAUUUCCAGUUCAAAUGAGUUUAUUAUUCUUGUCAUUGAAACCAUGUAUUUACCAAUAAACGAUUUGCUAUUCA